ACUGUGUUUCCUUAUUUUCUGGAGGUCAUUGAUUAGAAGCAGAAAUGGGCGAAGCAAAGCUGAGCGGAAUAAAGGACAAUAGGUGGUCGCUCCAUGGCAUGACGGCUCUUGUGACAGGAGCCACUCGAGGCAUUGGGCACGCCAUCGUCGAGGAAUUGGCAGAAUUUGGAGCAGCCAUUCAUGUUUGUUCACGAAAGCAAGAUGAUAUUGAUAAGUGUUUGGAAGAGUGGAAAAAGAAGGGAUUCAACGUCACCGGUUCAGUCUGUGACGUCAAACAUCGCGACCAACGCCUCAAGCUCAUGGAAACUGUUUCAUCAAUCUUCCACGGAAAGCUUAACAUUCUGGUGAAUAAUGCAGCGAUAGAAAUAACAAAGAACAUAGUAGAUUACACUGUUGAAGAUGUAUCGACUAUAAUGGCUACCAAUUUUGAGUCUGUUUUUCAUUUGACUCAACUUGCACAUCCACUUCUUAAACAAUCUGGAUGUGGGAGCAUAGUAUUCAUUUCAUCCAUUGCUGGUGCAAAAGCUAUUCCAGGUUUAUCUGCUUAUGCAGCCGCUAAAGGAGCCAUGAAUCAAUUCACCAGGAGCGUAGCAUCGGAGUGGGCAAAAGAUAACAUUCGUGCAAAUGCUGUAGCACCUGGACCAAUUUGGACUCCACUCUUUGAAUCUGUCAGGGAGAAAACUGGAACGAAAGUGUGGGAUGCUAUUGUUACAUCUACAAUACCUUUUGGUCGAGUAGGAGAAACCAACGAAAUAUCACCACUGGUUGCUUUUCUUUGUCUUCCAGCUGCAUCAUAUAUCACUGGGCAGACUUUCUAUGCUGAUGGUGGUUUCACAUCUUAAAUUUCAAUUAGUGACUUCAUAAUUAAA